GCAGUGAAUUUACAGUCUGUCAUUAGUUCCUCUGUGUGAAAAAUUCCUGAAGUAUCUUUUGUUUGUGUCCUUGGACAGUCAGUGGAUGUCUGGCGAGAUAAGAAGAUAAAGCCUUCGACACAGGUAAAAUAAAGAAUGAGACUAAUAAGACUUUGAAGGCUCCUGUCGACACAACUUCCACUAGUUGGGUGAAUUGGAAGGCGGUGGGAGUGAAGAAGAAAGGAAGGAGGAGGACGAUGACUUGGAGGAGCUGAGGGAAGUGCGGAGCCAACUAUGUGGAAAAACUUCCAGCGACUUGUCUGGCCGCCAUUCGAGCAGUAGAAUUGGUUUUAUAUUCCGGAAAAACUGUGCAGAUGGAGGGUGAGAAGGAGAAACAGAGGCAGCAGCGGGAAGAGAAAGAGAGUAAUGAGGCAGAGGACGACAAGAGGAGUGAGGACGAUGCUGACGAUGAAGAGGGAGACAAUGAAUAUUCUGAGGGGGCGGCACUAGUGUGGCAAGAAGACUAUGGCGAGGAUAAUCUGGGACUUCCCAUCAUGCACUGGGAGGCACUGAGCCUGCGCAUCGCUGAGUUGGAGAAGCAAGAAGAGGAGAAAAGGGAAAAGAAGGCAAAGAGUGGAGUUUCUCUUGAGCGAGGCCGAGCCCCAGUGAGCUGGACAGAGGGGAGAGGCAGGAGAGCCGACAGCUGGGAGAAUGGAGAUGACACCUGCAACAGUGCUGUGCUUGCACUCACCUCUCGCCUGCAGACGCAGACGAAUCUCCAACUCUGCUUCAUCAACAACAGUGAGAGUGAGGAGGAGGAGGAGAACAAUGGACAGAUCAGUGAGAAAAGGACUGUUCAGGUUCAUAAGAACCCUCAGCCUCUUGCCAAGCCGGAGAAACCAAAAUCGAGGGGCUUCAGGAACACUCUAAGAAACCUACGAGACCGACUGAGAACAGACCACAAAACACCGCCUGCAGCACAUAUCGAUCCUGUAGUCCAGCAGAGACACUUGGAGCUCGGUGAUUUACAGAGUUUCAGUAUCAAGGACCUCAAUGCUCUGUGUACGUCUCUCAGCAAGACCAUACAAGACCUGAGCUCAGAACUGGUGAGCCGCCUCCAGAUCCGAGACCAGCUGAGGACAGAGCAGGAUGCCAUGCUGCUGGAGGUGCAGGAUCUGACGUCGCUGUAAACCGGCCAGUCACUCCCUGCUAAAGAUCAGCUGUCAAGCCGUUUGGAGAGAUUAAGCCACUCAAGAAGUCAACUCAACAGUCUCGAAGGAUUGUCAGUAAUCAGACGGUACCACAGCGGCUUCCUCAAGCAUCUCAGUCAGUCCCUCCUGCUGCAGCCGCUCACUGUGAGAAGUGUCACUUCCUGAGAGGAUUUGGACAUUUAAUUGCAUACUAUGUUUUGACGUUGUUGAUGUUUUAGGUUGUAAGGGAAAUUUUGCUCCCCUAAUGGCCAGCUCGUGGUUCCCAUCUCUGUGUGCCUGUAGAGUUUGAUACAUGGCCGGUUUCAUCACCCCUCAUGUGGAACACAGACAAACACACAGGGAAACAGCAGCUUCUUCCAGACUGGAUUGGAGCGUCGUGCCCGUAAUUAGUCCUGAGGCGUGUGUGAACAUGGCAUAGCAUUUCUGGAGAAAUUAAGACUUGACACUGUGCUUUUGCUCCAAACUCUCUCCUCCGAAGUCCAGCUGCGACUACUUUAAAUGUAAGUCUUUUAAUGAUGAAUUAUAAAUGUGUGGAUGACCGAGUGUCUCCUUGUACAAUCUCUCCUGAUGCCAAACAUUUGUUUGAAGCACCAUUUGUUUUCCUGCCACAUGAACACACACAAAAAAUUGGGCCGCAUGGGGACAGUCUUUGCAGACCCUCAUGGACUUGGGUGGAUGCUAGCAUUGACAUCAUGCGUACCCUUGCAGACGCAGAAAACAUGAAAUGGGAGCCACAUAGUACAGUGAACAUAUCCAGUGGAUGUGGCCUUAAUUGACUUUUUUUGUGUGUAAAAAUCUCCUCUUGCUAUCCUACCCAAUCAGAUUAGACGAUUAAUACCUGCUUAUAAUCUGCUUUGUCCACAGCACCUACAGGUUGGGGUCAUGUUAAAACCAAGUUGAUGCCAAGAUUAGAAGCAAAGGGAAAAACUUAUUUUGAAAUGCUGUCGAUUGUGUUAGUAAGUUUGCAUGGGAGCAACACACAAAGAGUUGAAAUUGUGUACUUGUACAUGGUGAUGUUCUGUUUUUCUUUUUUAGGUCAGAGGUGGAGUUUUUUAAGCUUCCACAGGAUAACGCUUUUCAUGCAAGAUUGUUUCGAUUUCAGUCUUGCACUGGUGAUGAGAGGUUGGUUGAGUUCAAAGGGAUGUUUUACGUUUGUUUACACAGCCACCCGUUCUUGAUGUAUAUGGGUAAAAAGAAGACUUUCUGUCUCUCACCUUUAGUUGCAGGUUUUGUAGUUACAUUAACCUCAGGUUGUGCUCUGGAGCUGCAUCAUUCAGAAAACGAUGUGGACAAGAAAUGUGGAAGACAGUCGUCCUCAAACAGACAUUCGGCAGGACACAAGUGGUUUUCACAACCCGCUUGUUUUCACACAAACGUCAUGCAAAUUCAGACCUGUUACUGUGCGUUUCAUAGCAAAUCAACAUUUUCAUUUUCAUAAAGUGUUUCUGAAAUGGUCAAUCCAGUGCUGGUGAGGGCCCUGACCACUGUUUACAUUGUGGGUAAGUGCAGGUCCCUAUCUUGCUUUCUUUCACACAGAUUAGCAGAUGGCGUGUUUGCCUCAAAAUGAAUGCAUGAAGCACAUCUGGACAUGAUAGAUCUAUAUUAAAAAUAUUUUUAUUAACAGUAUUUACCAGCAAUUUUUUUUCCUCCAUGUAUCCUGUUCAAAUCUUUAAACGUUGUAGUUGCACAAUUUAUCAUACAAAUUAGGUGGACCUACUUUCCAGUUCAAACAUAAAUAGCAAGACAAUUGUUAGUUUUGUAAAAACAAGUGAACCAAGAAUCUAAGAACUCAACUGAUGUGUAAAGGGAGGGUUCUCUUUUGUGUACUUUUUAACAUAUUUUAGGUGUGGAAUCUUGUGUAUUUUUUUUAAACAGUGAUGUAAAACAGGCUCACUUUCAGACGCUGCAAAUCUGCCAACUGAACAAUCUGUUUUUGUAGUAAAUGUAAUUCUGUUUUUUGGUUUUGCUGGAAGUCUUUGUUCUUGCUUUUCUACUUUGUGGUGGGGUUCGUAAAGAAUUAAAUGUGUUCAAAUGUCAAAAAGUAAAACUGCCCCAAAUAAAACAUGUUUUUACAUUUCAAUCCAAGUAUGUGACUUUUGGUAUGCAAAAUAAGAUGUUUUUGUCUUUUUAUUGUUUUAUUUUUCUUUUGGUGACACUGGUGACACAAGCUUUUGUUUCACAAAUUCACAAAGAAUGUUGUGUUAUACAUAAAUAUGCUGUAUAUGGUCUUUGCAAGUGUAUGUUCGCUUGUGAA